CUGCUGCUGUUGAAUCGGAUAAUUUUCAAACACCAUUCGCCUUAGUUUCGGUCCCGGUUCGGAUUUGUUACCUGUGCUUGUGAAGUAAUAUCUUCCACAAUGUCGAACCUCAAGCCUCUACAGUGUCUGAAUUUGGAUAAACAGCAGCAAAAAGCAUUCAUCGAGUUCUAUAACAUACUGGGAGAGAAACCACAUACCACCACAAGAAUAUUCGAUCGGUCCGAUUUCUAUAGCUGUCACGGCGAAGACGCUCUUCUUGUGUCGAAAUUGCUAUUCAAGUCGACAAAUGUUGUUAAAAUUAUGGAGUCUGAUGGAAAGCAACUUCCUUACGUGUCGUUGAGUAAAAGCAAUUUCGAGGCAUUGGUUCGUGAUUUGCUACUCGUCCGGAACUAUCGCGUCGAGGUUUACACGAAAUCCAAUCAAAAUAGAUUGUCCAAUGAAUGGUCUGUGGAGUUCAAGGGUUCGCCCGGUAACUUAGCUCAUUUCGAGGAUAUUCUUUUUGGUGGUCAUAACGAAAUGGUAAAUGGAUCUGCAAUUAUUGCUCUUCAAGUACGUCAGGAACCACGGCACCGCUCUAUUGGCCUUGGGUACAUCGAAAGCAAUGAAAGACGCAUGGCCGUAGUUGAGUUUAUUGUGGAUGAUUUCUACACGGAAUUGGAAUCUUUUAUUGUAAUACUGAACCCCAAGGAAUGUCUACUGCCUUCCGUAACCGGAGAGUAUGAAAGAGUCGAGCAACUGAUGAAACGAAAUAAUGUUAUCGUUACAAUGCGAAAGAAGAAGGAUUUUAUGCUCGAUAAAUCUGAGAUAAUUGACAACCUGAACAAAUUACUACGUUUCCGUAAAGGACAGCAGCAGAAUGCCAACACCAUUCCUGAAACAUCAUUGUCGUUUGCGCUAUCGGCCCUAGGCGCAGUAAUACAAUAUUUAGAACUAAUUCAUGAGGUGGGAAAUCAUGGACACUUCCAACUUGGUGCAGUUGAUUUUAACCGCUAUGUUCACUUAGAUGCCGCUGCCAUAGCCGCGCUAAAUCUAUUCCCGAAACCUGGUACGGGAAUUAACUCUCAAGCAUAUCGCUGGCACAGUCUGCUUGGUGUCCUCGAUCGUUGUCGUACGCCCCAGGGCCAUCGUCUGGUAGCACAGUGGAUUAGACAACCAUUGAGAGAUUAUGAGACCAUAAAAGAUCGGCACGACAUUGUUGAGUGCUUUGUUAAAGAUUCGACGGCACGAACAGAACUUUAUAAUAAUCACCUGAAGAAGUUGCCAGACAUUAUGUUAGUUCUCAAACGCUUAACGCGUCGAAAGUCGUCCCUGCAGGAUAUAUUCCGCUUGUACCAAGUGAUUUUACGCAUGCCAAAGAUUUUGUUAUGUCUUGGCGACGGAAUGCUAGGAGAUAGUGCUGCAAUUCGAAACAUACUCUAUCAACCAAUGAAAGAUGCGUUGAGUGAUCUUAAGUUGUACAAAUCAAUGGUUGAACAAAUUAUUGAUUUGGAAUCGAUCGAACGGGGAGAAUAUCUUGUGAAGGCUACUUUUGACAGUCACCUGCAAGAACGCAAAGGAGACAUGGAUAUGGUAGAGGCGAAAAUGAAACACUGUUUAUCGUCGGUAGCGAAAGAUAUCGGUCUGGAAGCCGGUACUUCUAUUAAAUUGGAGUUUGUGAGCCACCACGGUUUCCACUUUCGCAUAACACUGAAAGAUGAAACGGCAAUUCGUAAAAAUGUGCGAUACAAAGUGUUGGAUGCUGUUAAAGGUGGUGUACGAUUUACCACUAAUGAACUCAUUGAACUUAGUGAAUCCUUCGCUACGCUGAAAGAGGAAUAUGAAGAGCAUCAAAAAAUAAUCGUCUCUGAAGUAAUACGUGUUGCCAUAGGAUAUGUUGAUCUAUGGACAAUAUUAAAUAACCAGAUCGCACAACUCGACUGCUUGGUUGGUUUUGCAGUAGCCGCAGUUUCGGCGCCAAUACCAUAUGUGCGACCUAAAAUGCGAAGCGAGGGGCCAAGCUCACUGCACCUUACCAAGGUUCGUCACCCAUGCCUGGAAUUGCAAGAGGACGUAAACUUUAUACCCAAUGAUGUAGCCUUGCAUAGUGACGAUGCCACCAUGUACAUCAUUACAGGGCCAAACAUGGGUGGCAAAAGUACGUACAUCCGUUCGGUGGGAGUUGCCGUCUUAAUGGCCCAUGUUGGUGCUUUUAUAGCAGCAGACAGUGGCGAGAUGUCAAUCAUGGAUUCAAUUCUAGGUCGUGUUGGUGCAGACGAUAAUCUUUCCAAGGGACUGAGUACAUUUAUGAUAGAAAUGAUAGAAACGGCUGGUAUAGUUCGCAGCGUAACUCCCAAAUCACUUGUUAUCAUCGACGAACUCGGUCGUGGAACUUCAACAUACGAGGGUUGUGGCAUUGCAUGGUCCAUCGCUGAAUGGCUCGCUCGUGAAAGCAAAUGCUUGACCCUUUUUGCGACACAUUUUCAAGAAAUCACGGACCUUGCAACUUAUAGGUCAAACGUUCGAAACUCACACAUGGAAGCAAUCGUUGAUGGUGAACGUUUAACUUUAUUGUACCAAGUCAAGCCGGGAGUCAUGGAGAAAAGCUUCGGUAUACAGGUUGCCAAAUUGGCCAAAUUUCCAACGACUGUGUUUGAGCUUGCUGAACAAUUCUACCAAGAAUGUGAGGACCAUCGAUACAAGUUCAUACAGAAGGAUGAUGCAAAAGGUUUGGCGUUGAUAAAAAAAUGUUUCCUCGAAAUUGAACACUUCGGUUUGGAAAACGACUUGUUUAAGUUAACACCUGAGACACUGCAAGACCUCAGAGCUAUGCUUGAGUAACAAAAUAAAAAAAUUGCACUGAUAGAAAUCUAUUACUGAGUGAUGUGUGAUAUUCGUAUCUACAUUUGAUUUCGAUGAAUGGUAUUUCUAAACUAGAUGGAGUGAUUUUU